AUGGAAGCUAUCAUGAAUGCGUUCUUUGGCGGGGCGAGCCAGCCCCGGCCAGGCAGCAGCCGAGCACCUGCAGGAGUCCGGGAAGCGCAGCGCGGGCACAGCGAUAGCGGGUCGGACGAUGAGAAGGGCAUACUAGAAAAGCAGCGGGAUGUGGAGACCGCAGUGCUUGUAGUCGACGCGCGAGGGACGGGCGCGGUGCGCACUGCGAGCGGCAUCCACGACCUCGAGCAGCAGCAGCAGCAGCUAUUGCCGCAGUCCCUGCGGCGAGCACAGCAGGGUGCCGGAACGGACGCGGCCCCUGCCGUCGCCGCCGCCCCUGCGGAGCCAGCGGGCGCGGCCCACCUGGCGUUGACCGCUAUCUACGGGCUGACUAACCUCAGCAGCGUCGUGAUGAUCGUCGUUGCCAACAAGAAGGCGCUGUUCACCCACGAGUUCAACUUCCCGGUGACGCUGACGUGGCUGCACGCGGUGUUCACCGCUGUGGGCAUGAGCGUCAUGGCACGCAGCGGGUUCUUCGAGCGCAAGUGA